AUGGAAUCUUGUAGUAAGAUUAUUCCCCUGUCAACAAUCUAUGGUACAAAGAGAAGAAGGUUGUUGUUAGAAGAUUCCACCGAUUGCAUGGUUGCAUUUUCAAAUGAUAUAAUCAAAUUGAUCUUAUACAAGUUAGAUAUAGUGAGCUUUCAUUAUUUUGGUUCAGUUUGCAAUUCAUGGAGAUCAAUUGCCAUUGCUGCCAAGAAAAGACAGCCUUCCUAUCUCUAUCCACAGCUCUCUUCUCUAAUGCUUUCCUCCUCCACCUCAAGGGCUCAUCAACAUAAUCAUCAUAGGCUUUUCAAUCUCUCCCAUAGAAAAAUUUUGAAGGUAAAGUUGCUUGCAACUUGUCGUGCUCAAUGUUGUGGUUCUUCGUGGGGUUGGUUUAUAAUGGAAGGUGAGGAAGGAAAUGUUUUCAUUUUGAAUCCUUUAAAUGAUGGGAUUCAAAUUCAACUUCCAACCCGAAGGUCGGACGUAGAAGUUAUUCGCAAGGCUAUAUUAUUAUCACCUCCUACUACAACAAGUGAUUGUGUGGUGGUAAUGAUUAAUAGCAAUGGAUCAUUAUCCUUUUCUAGAUUGGGAGAUGAGGUGUGGACUGACAUAUAUGAAUGUUAUGGUUGGAUUGAUAAAGAUGAUUAUGAAGACAUUAUUUUCUAUGAUGGCAAAGUGUAUGCCAUUACUUACUAUCUCCAACUUGUACAUGCAGAGUUAGAUCCUUGUACUCCAAAACACGAAAGUUGCGACAUUGAGUUUUUUGGUAGUGAAGGAUCUGAGGAAAAGGCUGUUUAUUUGGUGGAGUGUAUGGGAGAGUUGUUGAUGGUAAUAAGACUUUGGACUCGUGAUGGCUUAGAAGAUUACCCUAAGUUGAGAACUAAAAUGUUUAAGAUAUUCAAGUUAGACACAAAGGAAAUUGUGUCAGAUGAGGAUUGCAAUGACAGAGGUGUGUUCCACUUGGAGGACAAGAGCUUCAAACCUUUUAUCUUAGAUAAUGCUUUUCCCCCUGGUUUUGCUUCCUCUUGUUCCACACCAAUUUUAUAG